AUGGCAAUAGCGUUUUUCGUCAAUUAUCUUUUCUCGGAUCAAAUGUGGAAAGGUGUUUUGAAUGAUUUUAAUGCUUUGCCGAGAUACCAAUACCACCGAUCUUUACUUGACUGGUGCAUUGAUGGAUUUCCUAGGGACCCAAUAUUUCAGGGAUGUCUUUUUCGAGAUACUUCUGUUAUUCUAGGAGGAGACAUUAACGACAAAGAUACACUAAAGUUGUUUGGGGAUUCUACUAUCGGCCUUCUAUUUGAAAAUGGUACCAUCUUAGUCGUGAUGAAUACUGAAUGUCCAUUACACAGAGAUAUGUUGUUUGAAGAAAUUUCAAAAUUUGGGAUUUCAGAUGUUGAAUUUUGUAACUUGGAUGGAAACUACUCAAAAAUUAUCAAUAGAGUGACAUGUAGUCUUGAAAAAAGACUGACUGUUUUUCUGAAACAAGUUAUAUUCAAAUUGUAUGAGUACUCUCGGAAGCAUGACGUUAAAUCAAGUUUAGUUGAAGUAAAUGCCAUUCUAAGACGAUUGAAACAAGCGGCAUGCUAUCCAGAAUGUCUUUCAGAGGCUCAUGAGGAAGGGGAGUUAGUGAAUGAUGAUGUCAAGGUGUUCAUCCAAAGUUUUGGUGAAGAAAUUCUCUACAGUCGAUUUGAUGGCAAUACAUUUUAUGUUGUUACCAAAACCGAAAUUGUGAAGGAAAAACUAAAGGCUUUGUUCUCAUGGCCAGUUCACGAGAACAAACGAAUAGUUAUAAUCGUUGAAGACAGACUCGGGAUAACCGAAUUGAGCAAAACAGGAGUACCUCUUCAUGGAGCUAAAUUCGUGUACGCUGAUAAUGGAGUCCCAGCUUUUAAAACCGACGAAUGCUUUGCAACAACAGGAAGUCUAAUGCUGGCAAACAAUAACAAUUUAAUGGUAGCAGUCACCUGUAAACACGCUUUAGAAAAAAGGGAUACGUUUUAUAGCUUAAUAGAGAAUUCAGUGGUGAGGCUUGGACAAGAAAUUAAACAACCAAAUAAUAGAAUGAGAAAAUUGCAUGAUGAUAUAUCAGUAGUUCGUAUUGAUGACGCCACGCGAUCCAUAGUCGACGAAAAGUGCGAAAAACUUCUCAUUGAUACUUCAGAACUGCCUUCACGUGCGGUAAUAUCUCAUCGGUUUUUAGUAAAGGGUGACAUUGUUCACAAGAGAGGUGCAAGAACUGGGCUUACAACCGGAAUAGUGAGAGACGUUAGAACGCAACAAAUCGGACGAUUUUCUGAACAAAGUACUGUCAUCUUUAUCACGGGAAGAGAUUCUAUACCUUUUGCAGAGAAAGGGGACUCAGGAUCACUGGUAUUUCAACAUUCUCUUGAUCCAGAAGAAAAACGAUUGGAGGUGUUGGCUAUGGUGCAGGGAAAAGUAAACAUACCAAUACCCAAUGCUGAUGUUAUCUGUUUUCCGUUCAUUGAGGGUUGCGAGAACUUACAGCACAACAUACCGGAUAUACAAAAUCUGGAUUUUUUUAACCAUUAA